AUGUUGGGAGGUGUCUCCAAGUUUUUGUCCACCGAUGCCUCAGAAGCGUUACUGGUUUUGGAUGGCGUCAGUGACUUCGCUGCCACUGGAAGCAUUGCAAGAAAUGACCCCCGAUCGAUGUCACUGGCAUUCAUGUUAGUGGUUGAACAAGUGUUGGGUCGGUGGGGAAACCUACAUGUGCUUGGGUCCUGCCUGGGGUCUAAUUCUUCUGGUUCGGUUCAUUUGAUGGUUCCUCUUGAACUUCGUUUGAACAACAACAACAACAACAACGACAGCAUGACAUCAGUGUUCAACACCGAUGCUUCACUGCCGUACAGCCAUGACUUAUUUGAAAGCCUUAUUGUAAAGAAAAGAAUAAAGGUGAGGAUACAAACAUUUGAAACCAAUGUCAGUGAGAAAUAUUUACCGGAUUUGCCACCGAACUACUCAGUUUAUCUCGGAAUCGACCCGUCAGCUGAUAGCCUACAGUUGGGAAAUUUGGUUGCUCUGAUGGGUCUUCUUCGCUGUCACAUGGUUGGCGCUAGUGUUCUCACAGUGGUAUGUAUCUUGUUCUUGGUUAUUUUCAACUUGGAGGUCGGAACAGGUACAGUAGCCGUUGGGGAUCCAAGUGGCAGACUCACCAAACGGGACUCAAAUCCAAAUCUGAACUACGGGACGAAUGCUGAUGAGAUUGAGCAUGAAUUGGCUAAUAUUCGUCGGAACUACCUCGAAAACUUCUUCCCUCGCAAGACCGAAACGGGAGCUCCGCAUCCCAUCGUUAUACUUCGCAACGGUGACUGGUUGAGUGACAUGCAUUGUUUGGAGUUCCUGCGCGACAUCACCUCACACUUUCGUAUUCCGGAGCUGCUAGAGAAAGAAAGUGUCCAGCUGCGUCUAAACAGCGGCAAUGGCAUGGAUCUCAAUGAAUUCCUUUAUCCAACCCUACAGGCUGUGGAUUUUCUCCAUUUGUAUCAAAAAUACAAUUGUCGUAUUCAGGUUGGUGGGCAAGACCAACUUGGGAACAUUCAAUGUGGAUUGGAUUUGAUACAUCGAAUGCUCGGUAGUUACGCUUUUGGCCUCACUGUCCCUUUGCUCACCACACCGGAGGGAAAGAAGUUUGGGAAAUCCGAAACAGGUGCAGGAACUAGAAGUGCUCCGAUUUGGUUAUCGAAGGAUAAACUCACUCCUUAUGGCUUCUACCAGAGAAUUUUGAACUUACCCGAUCAGCUUAUCGCUUCUCGAUUGCUGCGGCAAUUGACCUUUUUCUCCUCGGAUGAAAUCCAAAGUCUUAUGAAGGCACAUGAAGAUACACCCGAUACGCGUCCAGUGCAGCGAGCACUUGCUCGGGAGUUGACGCUUUUGGUUCAUGGUGCUAGUGCCCUGCAUGCUUCUGAACUGGCUACACGCAUCUUUUUCCCCCGGAGAAAAUCCACUGAACAGACGUCUCUCGGAGUCAUUUCUGAAGAACUGACUCAACAGGAGUGUGACUGUCUCCGAACCUACCUGGCUCCCACGGUGAAGUUAGUACCCGUCAUCCAUAGUCAGUUACCCGUCGAUUGGUCAAUUGAAAGUGUUUCUCGUUGGCUGGGGUGUCUGCUACGAACGGCUACCUCCGCUGAUUCUGAAUCCAGUUAUGUAACCAAUUGCCUACGAAAAGGUGUGACGAUGAACGAUGUAGUCUUGUUCAAACCGAAUAACGCUCUGAAGUCUGUCCAACACCCUUCUGACGAUCACUUGACUGUGGAUCUCACCGUCUGCCAGUUACUCCAGGAAGCUGUUGGACGCUGCGAAGCCCGUCUUGGAUUAAGUAUCCUCAAACUUGGAAAACACGAACAUUGGUUUGUGGCGACGAAACGAUUAUGGGACACUUGAAUUUCCUUAGAAAUUGUAUAUAUUGGACUUUAUUAAACUCUUCUCGC